CUUUAUGUAAUAUGGUACACGAGCUUUUGGAACAAAAGAAUAUUGGUGUGUUACUGGUGCACAUACUGAAGUAAUCUAACAACAGCAUGUUUUAUAUCAGUAAAAUAAAUAUCUAUACGCACUCUUUGAUAGAUUUGUCAAGUUGUCUUAUCAAUUGUCAUUACAUCAAAUGUCAAAUUAAUUUGGCUGUUUUCUGAAAUGCAGUGUUUACGUAAACAUAAAAUUAAGAAAUGAAUUAAAGCAAUGGUGUAUUACAUUUGUAACCAGUGAUCAAUGUGCAGCGUUCAAUUAGCUUGUAUUUAAAUGUUUUUAUUGCUUGAGUAUUAGGAUUAUCACGGUAUGGAAGAUAAGUGAAAGUUACAGUUGGCUCGUUGCUAGAAUAUUUUUUAAGAAAAAAUGGGCAAAACUAGCAAAGUCGUAGUUUGUGGUAUGAAAGGGGUCGGUAAAACUGCUGUUUUAGAGCAGCUUAUAUACGGUAAUGUGAAUCUAAAGUCAUGUUUUUAUCCAACAAUAGAAGAUAUCUAUGUAGCUAAUAUUGAGACGGAUAGAGGUUCAAAGGAACGCGUCUGUUUCUAUGAUACUGCGGGACUAGAGCCGCCGCUAACAGGCGAGUUAAAAGGUCCCCCACAAUCCCCAACAAUGCAGUUGACCUCCAAUCAAGUACUGCAGCGGCACUAUCUUGGCUUUGCGGAGGGUUUUGUGAUGGUUUACGACACCACAAGGCCUGAAUCACUUGAUGUUCUUAUGUACCUGAAAAAAGAUAUUGAUAGAAACAAGGAUAAGAAAGAGGUUGUUAUGAUGGUAAUUGGAAAUAGAACUGGUCCUGAUGAUGUAAACAGUCUGGAGAAUACAUGUUCAAAGGCAUCCAAUUGGUGCGCACGGGAGAAGAUACGGCACUUCGAAGUGUCCGCUAUGGAUCGGCCCUCACUCUACGAGCCUUUUAUAUUUAUGACAACUCGUUUGAAUCCUGUACAAAAUAAAACUGCCUUCCCACAGCUGAGUACAUUAAGCAAACUGACCCAGAAGAACAACAAGAGUGAAGCUAUGUAACGGUAUGUUUUUAAUCUAUGCCCUUUCUGUUAUCAACCAUAGAUUAACUGGCAUAGAGUUGCAGAAAUUUUGGCGCGUAAGUUUUUUUUUUUUAACAAAUGAUAGGCUUUUUAGCUUAAAUUGAUUGCUGAAAUUUUUGCAAUUCUGACAGUGAUUCAUUAAUUCACAUCCUUAAGUAGACUGUCCAUUUAUGUCAUAUUGUCAUCAGAAGGAAAAAUUGACACAAACCCAUUUUGUUCUAGUGAAUCUUUAUGUCAGUUUUGAACUAAGUACUUCAAAAAACUUUUUAUCCGAGUGGCCCCUAUUUGUUAGAUUUGAUCUUUUCCUAAAGGAAAGAAGUCACUAAGCAUUUUGAAUGUUAGGUUUUAAAUCAUUUUAUUUUUGUAAUAAAUGAAAUCAGAGUCCUCAAAGGAAGAUUUAAGUCGUUCUUAAUAAUUAUUUGACUUUAAUGAAUGCAUUAAUUUACAAUUUUGUGUAAAUUUCACAUAUUUCAUAUUUUACAACAAAAUGUAUUCCAAUGAAUCUCAUUGCAAAGAAGUAUAUAAUAGAAUAUUAACCAUAG